AUGUACUGCAAGUCUUUGGCCGUUGUGGCUGCUCUUGCAGUAGGUGUAACUGCCGUUCCUACCUCCGCUGCUUCCGAGGCUACCCAUGUUGCUUCCUCCUCUGCUUCUCUUUCUGCUUCUCCCGAUGCCACCCCGAGUCCCAAAGUCGACGUCUCCGGGUUCUGGGCUAUGAUGCAAGUGAACAGUGACACCAACAGGUGCUACAUCCACCUGAACUUCCCCGGGGUUGGCUGCACGGGCGACACAAGCGAUCUGAUGCUCCAUGAAUCGAAUAACUGCUAUGCUUAUGUUUCGAGCGGCUCGGUUAGUUCUCAACUUUACUGCGGCGAUGCAACCGGAACGUUGUGGACCAAGGGUACCAAACAGGGUGUGUUCCAGUUCGUCAACGCGGAAGGACAGUCGGUGGAUGUUCGAUUCAAGACGAGCACGAGUGACGAUGGGAAAACUUUCAGCAUUCCUGACAAUGGGCCUGGUGCGGUGUGGCCGGGUAACUAG